UUAUCAAAUUAUUUUCGACAAGUGUUUUUCCUUUCUAUGUAUCAUAUGCCAAUAUUUGUGCCACGGUCGUUUUAUUGAGUAUCUAGUGGCUGGAAGUACUUGUCGGGGUUGUGAUAGAAAUUUACGUUUAAUUUAAAGUUAAGCCACUAUAUAAAUAAUAAAAUGUUUCGACAGCUUUUACGACCGAUAAUCCAAACUACACGAACCGGUGCUCGUGCAUCUCAUGAUAUACCUCAUGAUGUUAGACCUCCACACUUAGAUGAAGUACCUGUACCUUGUGGUUCAUGGAAAGAAGCAUAUGACAAAGCUAAUCAAAGAUACAAUUUGCAAUUAGCAGUUAGUGUUGUUACACUUAUUGCUACAAUAGCAGUUGGAAGGUAUAAUGGAAUGCUAUGGCUUAAUUUUACUCCACCAACGCCAAAACCAAAAGAAGAAUAAUUUUUUUAUUAAGGUAGAUAUUUAAAUGAAACAUAGUAUCAUGUAAUAAGUAUUGUAACUGUUCUUUUAUAACUAAAAAUUGUAGUUCAAAAUUAUA